CCUCAGUAAAUCACCGACGUGCUAAAGUCCGUUGGGAUCCUGGUUCGAGUUUGGGAUAGGAAUAAGACGAUGCGUUACCCUUCCUCCAUCCGACACUACCCUAUUUCACCCAGACUCGUGAAUAACAGGAUUCUAGCUCCCGUAAAUAUCUGUUUGCCGUCUUCUUUCUGUUACUUCUUCCAUCCUACAACUAUAUCCGAUACACUCAACUCGUUUCACCAACUUGCAUUCACCAUCAUCAGUUACAAUCACCACAAACAACAAGUUUCACAAGAACAGACUUAACCAAACAUCAUUCAAAAGAAAGUAACAGGUUCAUUUAUUGGAACAUCUGUGGCCAACUGUGAACCAAAAGAAGACCAGAAGAGAAAACUGUGGGCAGUAGCCAUCCAGCAGGAUAUAAGAACCGCGUCAACACUGAAAGGGUUCCAAAUCUGACGUCCAAGUGUUAUUUUUGGACGACUGAGCAUCUGCUGUUGCUUUCUGGACCAUCCCGAGAGAGGACAAUCUGAAAAGAAUCUGGACUGAAGCCAAGCCCACUCAUUCUCAGCGACAACGGCUUCUGUGCCACAUAGUUCAGACCAUAUUCAUAUCCCAUUCAUUAUUAUCAUUCGGUCCAAGUGCCAAAUUCGCCAUGUGCGUCAAAGAAUUCAUCGGCUUCAACUGUGGCCACUGUGCCCUCCCCACACUCCGUGGCUGCCCGAUCGUUUCUCAAUCACCACAUUUCCCUUACUGCCGGUACCCUGCUGAGCGCCCUAUCAUAGUCACUGAGAAUUGCCCCUCAUGUGCAAGAGUGGUCUGGAACCAGCGCACGCUGGCUAACGAAGAGUCCCACCGGGAGAUGCAUUACAGACUUGGGAGGGAAGGGUGUGUAUUUGAAGGUGAGAAAGGGGGGUGUGAGACGAGGUUUGAUAUUGAUAUUGAGAGAGAACUGGGUGGUGGUGGACGACAGAUUCAGCAUGCGGGAUAUGAGAGAAUGCUGGCACCAGGACAAAUGCAGAUCAUGGAGAUGCCAAGUGGGAAUGCAGAGAGAAGUGGAGGUGGGGCAGGAGCGACAACGAUGGGACGGAAGGUAUCGAAGAAAGACCGCAGAAAGAGCAGCAGAGAAAUUGAAGAGGCGAUCGCGAGGGUAGAAGCCAGGUUCGCCGCCAUAAACAUGGAAUCAAGCAGACAUGCAGCGAUUGAAGACGCGCUUCGCAGCGCAGGGCAUGCCUACGGGGCUGCUCCUGGCGGCCCAGACAAUGACCCCGACCUUUAUGCCCAGCAGACACUUUUGGACCGUGCCAGUAGCCUGGAAAUGGAAACCGAUCAGCAAAUGAGCAACUACUACCACAACCCUAGGAACAGUUCUGGGCUUGGUAACGUGUAUAUCGGUCACCAAUUUGGCAAUGGGGCGGUUGGACAUGAGGCAUUGCCCGAGAACGACUCAGGUCCUCAGCUGCACGAAGCUCAUCUGCCCGGUGAACGACAAGACUGGGUGCAGAAUUAUAUCGGCACGACAAAAUAUUACCCAGGAGGAGAGCAGUUCAGAGGCGCAUCUUGGGGUGAGAUGAUUGCUAAUGUCAAGUAUGACCCUGGCAGCGUGGUGCCCAGGGGCCCCAGAGCCAAACAGGAAAGAAGCAUUCGGUUUCGGGGUGCUGCUCAGCAGUUCAGUUCACAGAUGUUGCCUUCAAACUUCAGCGACCCGGCUCUGGGCGCUCCAACUGUGGACGGUUUUCACGGUGGUCGGUCAAUACUGUCUGAAGGAAUAGGUGCAGCCGCACGGCAACCUGAGCCCUACGCACCCCCAGCGGACCCUCUCACAAGUGUUAACCAUCCAGUAUUUGAUGGCCUAAAUGAGUACUCUCCACCAAACCGACCAUAUCGAGGCCCAGCCAUUGUUAACAGCGACAUGGCCAGCACAGGAUAUACCUGA